GCGGAAUCCGCAAAAUCAUACGAUGAGCUCAGAAGGACACGAGCAUGGGACGUCGCACUCGCGCCGAUAAAGUCCCUGCCAAUGCAGGCGUUCAUGCUCUACAUGUCCGGCGGAGGCGUACAGAUCUUUAGCAUGGGCAUCGUCUUCAUGCUUCUUCUCACCCCAUUCAAAAAUAUCGCUGGUAUCAACGAAGCGUUUGCACAAUUCGCGCCGUCCAAGCAAAAUCCAAAGUCAUUAACGACGCUACCGCUUCAGAAGCUCGUUUAUAUUGCUUGCAAUUUGGUAACUUUGGCUGUUGGUUUGUGGAAGUGUCGAUCAAUGGGUCUGUUACCGAUGGGUACCGGAGACUGGUUAGCAUUUGAGACGAGAGGGCUGGUGCGUUCUCUUUAUACCGCCAAGUAA